AUGCAAAAGGCAAUGAAAAGCGCAGAAUAUAUAAAAGCUAAUAAUGACUGGUUAGAUGCCCAAGCCAACGCUAAAGCAGCCCAACUUAUAGGGUCAAUAAGGACAAAAAUACAAGCGGAUGAAGACAGUUCAAAUGAAGCUUUAAUGAAUGCUGACUUUAAGAAUGCCUUCGAAGCUCUUCAUAGUAAGGUGAAACUAGUGAACGACUUCUCAUCUGGAAAGAAACUGAAGUCUGAAGGUUUCGACAAAGAGUUAAGAGAAGUAGCACAAAAUAUGACGAAAAUAACAGAUGCAGCAACGAGACAGGCAGUUCAAAGUGCCUAUGACGCCGUUAGAGCAACUGUUGUGGAAAGUCAAGAAAAAGAGUUACAACAGACCAAAACAGACCUAGUAAAUGCUUUCUUAAGAACGAAAAGUCAGGUAGGACAUUAUGCUGCAGAUGGAACAUAUGUGCCAGCUGGUGGAACUUAUAUACCAGCUGGUGGAACUUAUAUACUAGCUAGUGGAACUUAUAUACCACCAAACCCUCCAAGAGAAGCACCUGCACCAGGACUACCUAAAACAUUUACAUCGUCACAUGGACACAGACACAGGCAUGCACCAAAACAACAACAACAACCAACAGUUCAAAAUCCAGCACCACAACCAACAGUUCAAAACACUACACAACAACCAACAGUUCAAAACCCUGCACAACAACAACCACAAACAGAGCAAGGACAUAAAAGAAGUAGAGAACAAGGAAACCAAGAAUUCUUAAAAAUGCUUAAGGAAGAUUAUGGUUACCCAGAUACUCUUGACUUUAGUGACAGAUAUAAAGAAGCUAUUAAAAAGUUCAAGGAAGGAAAUACUGACCCGAACCUAUUUAGCUUUAUGGUUCAGCACCAAAUGGGAUAUAAUUUCAAACCUGGAAAAUACAAGCUCGCUAAGGGAUAUGAUUUAA